GCCGGUCUGCGCGGCCUGCCCGCUGUCUGGAGCGGCGGGCCAGUCGCGUUCCUCUCGCUUGUUAUGCAGCAGUGUCCCUCCCGCGCCUGUGUGUUAUAAAACCGACCCAAUCCCUACAUAGAACCGAUACACAGGUUACACGUCGCGUUUACAAUCAUGUGCACGCGAAUUAUAGUGAUCAGUGAGUAGCCUCUACGCGUCGUUGAUUUGCGUUCUACUUCGCACUUCGUCGGCGUUCAAUCUGUGCAGGUCUCGCAGAUGGCGACGAAGGCUGCGCACGGUACUGAAAGUGGCGCAGCAGACGUGACACUUGGUGCGUCCCUCAUGGUGCGUGCGGUGGUCGUAGAGGGAGUCUCGGCGCCGGUAGACUGCGCCGCAAAUGUCGCAUUGGAACCCAGCCGCAGUGCGGCAGUCCCCGCCGCCGCUCGGGAGGAGAGCGGGAGCGACCGGCCAGACGGGGCGACCUGGAAGGAAGGCGAGAGAAGUGAACUCCAAGGCGACACGAGCUUAAACGACUGCCUCGCUCACCAAACCGCGCCAGCCAUGAGUACCAGCCGCACGGGAAAGAAGCGUCGUCGCCCGGCUUCGCGCUCCGCCCGCGCCGGACUUCAGUUUCCCGUCGGUCGUAUUCAUCGGUAUAUGAAGAGCAGCGAGAUGCGACUGCGAAGGGUGGCCGUGGGAGCUCCCAUCUACACUGCGGCAGUCAUGGAGUACCUCAGCGCCGAACUUUUGGAGCUGGCCGGUAAUGCUGCCCGGGACAACAAGAAGAGCCGGAUCACACCGCGACAUCUACUGCUGGCCAUUGCCAAUGACGAGGAGCUUCACACGUUCUUGCGUGGCGUUACGAUACCUCAGGGAGGUGUACUACCCAGGGUCCAUCCUCUUCUGCUGAUGAAGAAGGGAGACCCCAAUGCGUCGUCAACCACAGCGGUGCCCCCGCAGUAUUCGGCGUCCUCAGUGGUGACCCCGGCGCAGAAAAAGGUCGGCGUGGUAGCGCCCACACCGCGACCCAAAAAAGCUUCUGGAAAAGGAGCCAAGGCCAACGCCAGUCUGAAUCCGCUUUACAAGAAGAAACUCUUCCUUGGACAAACGCUACACGUCGUCCAGGGGGACAUCGCCGCGGCCAAUGUGCAGGCGGUGGUCCACCCGACCGGUUCCAAGUUCCCCCUGGCGGGUCAGGUGGGGGCGGCUCUGGAGGCUGCCGAGGGGUUUCAGCUGAAGAAGGCGCUGGAUGAACUGAUUAAGAAUCAUGGUCCGCUGGCGCCCUGUGGAGCCACGCUGUCUCCGACCAGUCACGUGCCCGCCGACUGGAUCAUACACGUGAACGGGCCCACACACUCGGAUACGAACGUGGAGGACAAGCUGGCCAAGUCUGUAAAGAACUGUCUGGCGGUGGCAGACCAGAAGAACUUGGCCUCGAUCGCGCUGCCAUCUAUCGGCAGUGGCAGAGGAGGUCUGGAGAAGUCGGACGCCGCGCGCAUCAUCCUGAAGGCCAUUCACGACUACUUCGUGAACGUCAUGGCCUCCUCCCUGAAGGACGUCUACUUCGUGCUCUAUGACGACGAGAGUGUCCGAGUCUACAAGGAUGAGCUGGCUAAGCUGGAUGCCUAGUGGAAGACGUUGUGGGAUGAUCUGAUGUGAAGGAGGUGGGAAGACAUGCUGAAGAGCUUGGUGACAAUCAGGAUGUAGCAGCAGCUGGUUGAGAUUGAACAUGUUUGAAGGGAUUCGUGAGGAAGAGAUGGCAAUGUGGGUCAGUAAGUGGUAGGAUUUGAUGAAUGAGUUAACUGUUCGAGGAGAUUACUAAGACGAUAAGGCGUACAGCUAGGUGAUAAUCACUGUAGGUAAAGGAUCGCCCCGCUGAAAUAUUUACGCUAAAGCAGAUGGCAAGGCUUGCGGGCGGUUACAAAUGUGAUACCGAUGAAGGAAAAUCUCGGGGUUUCUUGUAACAUGAAAAAAAUGUUGCCUUUGCUCAGUCAUUCGUCAACGCAUUGGUAUUUCUUGCGUUGAAAAGCUACGUUAUGGUUUGUUACUGUUGUGAUGACAUUCUACGUAUAGACAAGAUAUGCUCCGUAAAAUAAUUAUUUUUUGUAGUCACAGUGUUACACGUUUCGUUGAUGCCUCUCGUUAGUCUUGGCUGUCUUAUCUUUUCAUUUUUUUUUUUGCUGAUUCAAAUUACCGAUUCAAACUGAAAAGCUAGAAUAUCGAAUAAUUUCGGGGUGGCGUCUCGACAGGAUAGGAGUGGUUGAAGCUGUGCGGUAGAGCUUGCCGUCAAUGAAGAGCCAGCUGUGAGAGCUAUGUUUGCUGUGUUGGUGCACUGCCUUAGCCUGUAGCCUCGUGUUCGGUAAUGUAGGACUGUAACGCUCUGUUGGUAUAGAAAUAUCGCUUCGAAAAGUCAGGAGAUUAUUUGUGAUAUUUAAAAACUUUCAGUGCCUCCUGUUUAUCUUUAUCACCCAGGGCCUCGUUUUCAGUUAAAUAUGUCGCCACUUACUCUGAGGUAUGGCGAAAGUUUGCGUCACGAGAGCAGUACGACAGCCUUUUGGACUGUCAUUGUUGAUGGACCGUUGAGCCAGCGAAUUGCUCAUGAUCCUUGUUCUGUUGAUUAUGUUUGUGAUAACGAUCAGAGGACAUCUAUUGCAAAGAUGCCAUUUAUUCUUUCGUCACUUUAGAUGAACAGACUGAUAUAGAAGCUGUCGGUCUUCGUUUUCGCUUUCAACCGCGAGUUGUGUGUGUGUGGGUUUAUUCGUGUGUUGUUUGUGGCACACAGGUUUUGGCGGAUGUAUAUUGACACCAUUGGGCUUGUUGGGUGGCACCUUAGCACAACGACAGCGCUGUCGAAUUAUUUCUUUGCUUGUUCGUUUGUUACGCAGUGUGAGAUUCUAUGGUGUGUUUGUGUGUCGUUUGCUGUGUGUGAAAUAGGGCCACCUGUGGUUCGCUUAUGCGGGAUAAUUAACGAGAUGUUUCAAACGACGCUAAAUGGUGAAUAACCCUGUAUAACACCUAAGCUUUCAGCAAAAUCAUCGCAUCCCAAUUAUAUUACCCUUUGGAAGCGCACGUGCCUAUUGGAAAAGUUUCGUGAAGUGAAUAUUUAUGUUACGAGCAUCAAACAUGAAAUUGUGUGUCUUCAUUUAGUGAUCACGUGUGAUAACAAAACCUAGUCCCUGCAGAAAAAGAUAUAUGCUUGAGGUUACAGUGUUGGCGCACCAAAUAUGUAUUCGAGAUGAAAAUAUUAGUUUGAUCAAUGCCUCCGCUUUUUACUAACUAGCCUGUUCGAUUUUAUUAUAGUGCGUUUGGUAUUGAUUGAACACGAAAGAGGUUUCAUUUUGUUCAGUUUGUAUCCUGUGUAGCUCAACUAUUUACCAAUUUCAGUGUCAAAAAUGUCAUGUCUUGUUAAUGGUGAUCAUUCUAUGUGUUGAGAUGUUUAUAUUUACUCGUAACAUAAGGUGCAAUCUUCAGUUUGUUAAUUACGCAAUAUCUAACCGGUUAUGUAGCAUAUGAUUUGUCACUUAUGCACUCGUUUCCCGAAUAGAACUUUUGGGCACGUUAUAUUGGGUAUUAAUACAAAUAUACCAUUGACACAU